ACAACCUGACCUGUCCGUGACCACCGCAUCGUACCCUCGCUUUUGACAUCGGCGGCGGUGGCGGCGGAGUGUGCGUGCCAGUGGGAAAGGUAAGAUGGCGGCGGACGGAGAUGCGGCGAUUCCGGACCAGGAAAAAGUGCGAAUAGUCUCGGAUUUUAUAUUGCACUCGCCGCCGGGGGAGUUCAACGAGGUGUUCAACGACGUGAGGGUUCUGCUCAACAAUGACAACCUGUUGAAGGAGGGCGCGUCCGGGGCCUUCGCGCAGUACAACAAGGACCAGCUCACGCCUGUUAAGAUAGAGGGAAGUGAUCAUCCGGCAUUGAUAACGGAACACAAUGACUUGGGUUCUCAAAGGUUUUAUGAUGCACGGAGUAAGCAAAGUUUCAAAUACGAUCACUUAAGGAAGGAGGCACAAGAUUAUGAAUCUUACGAACCAGAUCCUAUAGCGGAGCCUUGGAGGUCAGCCUUUCAAGAUGAGAUAACGAAUUAUACUCAAAGUCAUUAUAGACAUGGCGCCUGCUCAGUUUUUGGAAAAUCUGCUGGAGGAAACGUAACGCUAACGGCGUGCAUAGAAGAUCAUCAGUUUCAACCUAAAAACUUCUGGAACGGUCGCUGGCGUUCGUUAUGGACCGUAAGUUUUACUCCAAAUUCAGGAAACGCCGAAUUGAGAGGUAGCCUCAAAGUACAAGUACAUUAUUACGAAGAUGGAAAUGUACAAUUGGUCAGUAGUAAAGAGGUAAAGGAGAGCCUGCCCAUCUCCAACGAGAAGCAAACGGCGAAAGAUUUGAUACGGUUUGUCGAAGAAUCCGAGAAUGAUUACCAAACGGCAAUUUCCGAAAACUAUCAAACGAUGUCCGACACCACCUUUAAGGCACUGCGAAGACAACUGCCGGUAAUGCGAACGAAAAUCGACUGGAAUAAAAUUGUGUCGUACAGUAUUGGCAAAGAGCUUAAAAGUCAAUAGAAAUAGAUUUUUUUAUAUAAUAAUAUUAAAAGAAAUAAUUAAAAAAAAGGAGAAGAAAAGCGCAUUUUGCUGCAUGAGUGAAGUCUGGACGUGUGAUGUGCAUGGGAGCAAACUAUAACACUACUAAGUAAUGUCUGAUUAGAGAGAUAUUUCAACUCAUGCAUGCCACUCAGGUUCCUCUCGACUCCAUAUUGUACGUUACAAGAAGCAAUAAAAAAGGAGAGAUUAGCAUUUUGUACCGUUGUCAAUUAUGUAAAAGAAAUGAUAUAAAAUUAUAAUUUCUCUAAAUUUGUAUACACCAUUUUGGCAUGGAAUAAUGUAAUAUUGAAUGAUUUGGUAUAUCAUUUCUAUAAUUAUGCUGAUUGUAAAAUAUAGAAUCGGUAUUCAACGGUGGAACCUUUGUAUAAAUGUUUCUUUACUUUAAUUUCAAUCAUUCAAUCUUUUUUAAAAUAUAUCCAUGAUAUUCGCAUUAUGCAGCAUAGCGCAAGAUAUAAUCUUUAACUUCGGAUGGACAUAAAAGCGAUUAACUGUCGAAGUAAAAGAUAUAUUUACUAUUUAUAAUGGGGUAAUGGGAAUCCUUGCUCUUAUGUUAAGUGAUCGAACUGAAGUUGAAUUCAAUGUGUUGAAUAGCUUGAAAUUUGUGAGACACAAAAUAGCGAAAAUAAAUUUAAGCUAUAAUUAUAUAGUUGUGAAGUAAUGAGCA